AUGUCGGCGACCUGUUGCGUCUCAUCCUUAUGCCCAAAAAUAUCAGCCUGGAGCGGAUCUCUCACCCAUGGCGCUGCUGCGAUUCGACGGAAAACAUACCCUUCCACGAUAAUCUUUACUUACCGAAAAAAACUCACAGUGCUGCACGUCGUCGCGAAUAAGGAAUUCUUAGUCCGCACGUUUCAGGAGCUCCCGAAGAUCGACAUCUCUCCUCUCGUUGAGUUCUGUUCCGACACGAGCCAUUACCCAGCUAUACUACCAACAAGUUCAUCAGAAGCUUUAUCAGAGGCGUCAUACCCCAGUGACGUCAAGCGGGUUGCCUCGGAGAUCCAUGCAGCUUGCCAGGAAGUCGGCUUUUUCUACCUCACUGGCCAUGGUGUGUCCCAGCAGCUGGUGGACGACGCUCGAGAAGUGGGGAGAGAGUUUUUUGCGCUUGCUGAUGAAAAUAAGAACGAGAUUGCCCUGUCAAAGUCUCCGAUUUUCAGGGGAUAUCAGAGGCUUGGAGAGAACAUCACUCAGGGCCGGCGCGACAUGCAUGAAGCCAUUGAUCUGUACAGGGAGCACCCAGCGGAUCAUCCCCUUGUGCUUUCCGGGAAGCCGCUUCACGGCCCCAACCCAUGGCCCAGUCAACCAGAACGCUUCAGGCUGGUUGUGGAGGAAUAUGUGACUAAGAUGAAAGCUCUGGGGCGCACGGUGCUACGGGGCAUGGCCAUGGGGCUGCACCUCCCACUCGACACCUUUGAGCACGGCAGGGCGGAUGACCCCUUCUGGGUCAUCCGGGUCAUUGGCUAUCCCCCUCUCGCUGCCCACGACACAGAAUCGCUCAGCUGUGGAGAACACACGGAUUACGGCCUCCUCACCUUUGUGAAUCAGGAUCCUGGCAUCACAGCCUUACAGGUGAAGAACAAGGCAGGUGAAUGGGUUAACGCUCCUCCAGUUCCAGGAAGCUUUGUGGUCAAUAUUGGUGACAUGCUCAAGUUGUGGACAAAUGGGCUUUACCAGCCAACUGCACAUCGGGUUGUCAACAGAAGCCGCACCUUUCGUGUCUCGGUGCCAUUCUUCUAUGAACCAAACUUUGAUGCAAGAGUGGAGCCUUUGGAAGCUCUGGUGAAGACCAUGGGGACUUCAGGUCUGGAGCCAGUGGUAUAUGGAGAUCACCUGUGCAAGAAGGUGUUUAACAACUUUGGAUAG